AUGGCGGCCAUAUCAGCGUACACGCACCCCGCGCAUCUGGAAGAGAAGCACCACCACUCUAUGUUCUACGAUGCAGUCACGAUAGAACAGAGAGCCUCGUUCCAUUCUUCUGCUCCUGCCGACGAAUCCGGUGGACAGCAUGCACAGAAACCGAUACAAAAGGCCCUGCUCCUGAAAAGGGCUCGCGAGCAAUAUACCCUUGUGGACGAUCAUGAAAUCCCCCCGGUCCUGAAUAAAGACGAAGUCCUGGUCAAGAUCCAAGCCAUCGGGUUAAAUCCCGUAGACUGGAAGGGGCCGGCGUACAACUUUGGAAUUCCCAGCUUUCCCUGGAUCAACGGUCGUGAUCUUGCGGGAGUGGUCGUCAAAGCAGAUCAGUCGGCACGAUUGCGCAUCGGAGACAUUGUGCUUGUUCCCUCCACCGACUAUCGGGAUAUUCGCAAAGCUGCCUUCCAGGAAUAUGCCGUAGCUACCCACUAUAACGCCGCGCGCAUUCCACGAGGAAAGCCGAUCCACGCCGCAUCGUCUUUGGGGGUCGCAUUUGUGGCAUCAGCCCUGGCUCUGGGAAUAUCGCUUGGACUGGACUUCUCGCAGAUCGCCGCCUGUCGGGGGCCUAAUUUGGUGGAUAUUAUCCGCCAGGUGGACGAGGACCACAUCCCAGCUGAUAUAAGGAACGAAUGCUAUUCGGGACUGAAUGAUGUUGAGCGCCUCAAACCAGGACAGUGGAUUGCUAUCUGGGGAGCUUCGACAACUACUGGCUUUAUCACGCUGCAACUUGCGAAAAUGGCGAACCUCAAGGUGAUAUGUGUGGCUGAUAUUGCACGUCACGGAUCAAGACUAGUCGAACUCGGCGCAGAUGUGUUGGUUGACCGCCACAAUACAGAGAGGGCGAUUGAGAUCAUUCGUGGGGUGACACAAGGACGACUUCGAUAUGCGAUUGACAUAGUGGGACAGGAUACGGCGGCACUCCUUCAAAGAGCCCUUGACACCUCUGUAAACGAGGACGGAUCGCAUGCCCAUCUCCUUGGGCUGACGGGGCUGCCGAAGGAGCGAGCAGCCGGAACUAUCUACCACACGGUCCCGAUUAAAAUCUUCCACACGUCUCCCGCGGUCGGAUCAAGCUUGGUGACAUGGUUAGAGAAGAUGCUACAGUCCGAUGCUAUAGAACUACCGGAGGUUGUUCGCAAACCCGGCGGGCUGGCGAGCAUCAAUGAAGCGUUGGAACUCCUUCGACUUGGCACGGCGUCAGGAAAACGGGUGGUAGUAGAUCUGGAAGCCUAG